AUGAGUAAUGAUAUACAAAGCGCAUCAUCUACACUUAACAUAGAAUAUGAUUCGAAUCAAAUACGUUCAUCAUUUUUUUCUCGAAUAAUCGCAUUCUUUCGUAAUGAUAUCGAUACAAAGCAUGUUGAUCUACAAUUGAUUGCUUUCGGUUUCGAGACAGGUGUAGUUGAUGUGAUGUCAUACAAGGAUUUCUCAGUUUUUGUCUCAAAUCAAACAGGAAAUACAGUCUUCUUUGGAGCUCGCAUCGCAGGGCAGUCAUCUGCUGCUUAUAGUUUGAUCUGUGCAAGUCUUUUUGGUUUUCUCAUCACUGGUUUUAUCAGCGGACAAGUGGGUCAUCGAAUUGGUAAUAAACGUCGAUGGUGGCUAAUAUGCAAUACUUGUUUUCAAACCAUAUUAAUCUUUGUUGUUAUCAUCUUGAUGUCUAAAAAAACUAUUUUACCAACAGAUAGUAAUGCAUACAUUCUUGUUCUUCUUCUAUCAAUUUCUUACGGUUGUCAGGUGGCUAUGGCUAAACAUCUAUCGUGUCCUGAAAUACCUACAGCGGUGGUGACUUCACCUUUCAUAGAUCUUUUAUCUGAUCCAAAACUGUUCAAACGUCACAAUGUUCCACGAAAUCGUCGUUUCUUUUAUAUUCUCUUAUUUCUCAUUGGUAUUAUUGUCGGAAGCUUUUCUUACAAAAAGAUGAGCAGUGAAUUUACACUAGGUAUUGCCGGCGUUGUUAAAGCGCUCGUAGCCAUAUCAUUUUUCUUCAAUCCAAAAACUAAUUCUCAAUCUGAAGCAUCCGAAUAA